AUGGCAUCUGUUCUGGAGCAUGAGCGCCGUGGUAUCCUCAUUCACGAGAUUCUGACUCCGCAAAAACAGUCUCUCUCCAAUACAAUUCGAGAAUCGCCGCUCGUUGCGCUCAUGCGCGAAUGCAUCGAUACACCGCGCAGGCUGCUGUCCGACGACGAUCGAGACUGUCAUCUACCAUCCGCGCGCAGGACUGGACCGCGUAGUGAGCGCCGGCAUGGGCAUGCCAAGUUAGUCGCUUUCGACCUCCCCGCAAAGUCACCAUCGAAGGAGUUGCCGCUAAGCAGCAAAAGGCGUUUGCGCACAUUCACAAAUACAUCGCCGAGCAGAGUUUUAGCUGUUAAGGAUGAAAAUGCAAGACCAGUGACUGCCGACGGCGCAAAGUUGGGAAGCAAGCUCAACUCGCUCAGCGUCCAAAGCGAUUCUGCAGUAGAGCUCAAGUCAAUGAACAAGCGCAAUCGAGAUCUCUUGAAGCAAAUGACUAUUCUUGAACAACAAUUGGGCACGCUCCAAGACAAUCUUGAGGACCGCGACACCCGGAUCGUCCAAUUGACGCGCCUCGUUCAAUUCCUAGCGACUGAGGUCAAUGUUUACACGAGUACGCUUGAAGAUGAAGUGGAGCAGCAGCGGGCCAAGAUACAGCAAUUGGAAAAAAUGGCAGCCGGUGCAUAUCACUGA